AUGCUCACAACCACGAGCAGCAGGCGGACCGUCGGCACCGCUGUGAUGGGAGACUGCUUGAAGCAAGUGCGGUGGUUUGUGAGAUUCGCUUUCGCCGCAAACAUGAUGGUCGGAGAGGUGGAAGUGAAGGAGAGACCGAGGCCGAGUCCAGACUAUCUGAUGCAGCUUUUAAACGAGAAGAAGCUCAUGACCAGUCUGCCAAAUCUGUGUGGGAUAUUCACGCACCUGGAGCGGCUGCUGGACGAAGGUAAGCCCGGGCAGCCGUGGACGUGUCUGGGGGAAUGCGUGUCCGGGGGCGCGCGGGGGUCCCUCUGCCGCGAUAGGAGACGCAGACACGGGCAAAAACAGCCUAAAAACAACCAAGACUGGGGUCAGACCUUGUCCAGAUAG